CCAGCCCUUUUUCUUUGUAACGUAAGCCAGUCUGUCCGUUGAUUGGUUAUUAUGCAACAGCGCGCGGAACUCAAGUCCUUUAUAAUGCUGCCUGUGCUGUCAAUACAUUACUUUUUUUCUUUUCCCUCUUAUUAUUCUUUGCCAUCGAGCAGUCCCCGUAAUCUGUCUUGUAUUUCCGUAGUUUGUUGUAGUGUUUUCAUUUACGCGGGAAAGUUUCACCUUAUAAGUUGUAUUUUUAAAUACAAGUAUUUGUGUGCAACUUUUCGUCUAGAUCUAUCUGUUUUCAUUCAUCAUUAUUAUACAGUUUUGCUCGGCAUUAGCUUCCUCUGUCGCUUUCUCUCGCCCAAAACAAUCAUGACUCUUCGCACACCCCUAGGAACAAAAGAUAUAAACGUUAUGUCUGCAGUCUCCGCUGAUGAAAAUACGCCUCCAUUUAUGAGUAUGACACGAACACUUGCCCUGAAAACGUCCCGUCGGAUUCUAAAAGAAGCGGACUCUCCUAAAAAAAAACAAAAAGAGUUAGCUGAAAAGAAAAAGGAAGUAAAUGGUGUACAGGAUGAGCCGCUGUUGCGGGACAACCCUCGUCGUUUUGUCAUCUUCCCCAUCCAGUAUGAAGAUAUUUGGCAGAUGUACAAGAAAGCAGAGGCAUCCUUUUGGACGGCAGAAGAGGUUGAUUUGUCCAAGGAUGUCCAGCAAUGGGAGACUCUGAAAGACGAAGAACGUUAUUUUCUGUCACAUGUUUUGGCUUUCUUCGCUGCUAGUGAUGGCAUAGUAAAUGAGAAUCUGGUGGAACGCUUCAGCCAGGAGGUUCAAGUAACAGAGGCCCGUUGUUUCUAUGGGUUCCAGAUUGCAAUGGAGAACAUUCAUUCUGAAAUGUACAGCUUACUGAUUGACACUUACAUCAAGAAUCCUACAGAAAGAGAAUUUCUAUUUAAUGCGAUUGAAACUUUGCCAUGUGUCAAGAAGAAGGCUGAAUGGGCACUACGGUGGAUUUCUGAUAGAGAUGCUACAUUUGGAGAGCGUAUUGUGGCCUUUGCUGCUGUGGAGGGGAUCUUUUUCUCUGGUUCUUUUGCUUCUAUCUUCUGGCUUAAGAAACGUGGUCUCAUGCCUGGUCUAACCUUCUCCAAUGAACUAAUCAGCAGAGAUGAGGGUCUGCAUUGCGACUUUGCUUGUCUUAUGUUUAAACAUCUGGUUCAUCGCCCUAGUGAGGAAAGGGUGAAGGAGAUUAUUAUGGAUGCAGUAAUAAUUGAACAAGAAUUCCUUACUGGUGCCCUGCCUGUCAACCUCAUAGGAAUGAAUUGUGUUUUAAUGGAACGUUACAUAGAAUUCGUAGCGGAUAGACUGCUCUUGGAACUUGGCUUCAGCAAGGUGUACGGCUCUGAAAAUCCUUUUGACUUCAUGGAGAACAUUUCGCUACAAGGCAAAACCAACUUUUUUGAAAAAAGGGUGGCAGAAUACCAGAAGAUGGGAGUAAUGACCAAAAUGAUGGAUCACAAAUUUUCUCUAGAGGAAGAUUUUUAACUUGUGGUGCACCUGGUUGGCUGCCAUUGCUUGGAUUGUGGCUUGGCACAUGGGGCUGUAUACUAGUACUGUUGUUGCUGGAUUAUGCUCUGAAUGGGAUCAAGAACUCUUUAGCCCUAGAAACUACUAAGGACAGGCAAAUUUCAUCUUGUAUAUGCAAGUACAGUGAUUCUUUGUUCUAGAUUUCAAAACUACUUUAUUACAUUACUCUAGUUUGACUUUUCCUAAGCAGAUAAAUCUGACUGAGCACUGAAACAGCACGCUUGCAUAACAAAUCAGAAAUAUAGGUCAUAUGACCCCUGUAGCCCUUAAGUUGUACAAACACUUCAGUUAAGCCUUGUAUUUGUAGCUUAGUUAAUUCUGGCAAGGUCGUACUCUUCCCGUAAAUAUGGUCGAUUUUCCAGACUGCACUUGAUUUCUGGACAUUACUCCAAUCCUAAUUUUUCAAAACACUGUGGACACUGUUCUCAGUGGAACUGUCAUGAGCUCUGGGAGGAAUGCUGAGACUAAUCUGUAGAAACAGAGCUCUUAAGUGUGCAUGGGAAGGGAACAAUUCAACAUUGUAGUGAAUGCUUAAUGGAACUAUAUCCACCUCAAGCAAAGUGGGAAAACUAGCAGAUUCCUGCUGUACCCUAAGAAGCGCGCUGGAAAGUUUGCAUACAUGUGUAAUGCUCUUCCCUGUAUGUUGUGGUUCUUAGUUUGGGCUUUCAAGAAGCUCCUCUGUUGGGGUAGUAUAUUGUUACUCCAAGACAUUUAGUCAGGUGGCACUUUUUUAUUCAUAUCUGCUAUGUUUACAUGUCUGUCUAUUUCUGGUCUGUACUGUACAAUGCUAGAGAUGGGUAAAAACUGCAGUAGGUUGUCUUAACUGAAUAAUUAAAGCACAGACCUUUUGUGCUGAUUUGGCAUUCACUGCUUUUACUGAAACAAUGUAUUUUUUUAAUUUGUUAUACUUUAGUAUAACUGCUUUUAAACAGAGUAAACUUUUUUUGUUUUGUA